GCAACCCUCCCCAUUUACCCGGGCUUGGGACCGGCACUAAGAAUGCACUGGCUUGUGCCUCCCUAAUGGCUGGGUUCUUCCAUAAUUCGCUUGUAGUAGCUUUUUCCACCAGACGCUUUGCUGCUGUAAUUAUGCGGAUCCGUGAACCCAGGACCACUGCCCUUAUCUUCAGCUCAGGAAAACUGGUCUGCACUGGUGCAAAGAGUGAGGAGCAGUCUCACCUUGCUGCAAGGAAGUAUGCCCGGGCGGUACAGAAGCUUGGCUUCCCAGCCAAAUUUCUUGACUUCAAGAUCGUGAACAUGGUCGGCAGUUGUGAUGUGUGUUUCCCCAUACGGUUGAAGUGCCUGGAACUGGCUCACAAACAGUUCAGCAGAUAUGAACCUGAAUUGUUUCCUGGUUUGAUCUACCAAAUGGUGAAGCCACGGAUUGACCUCGUGAUAUUUGUGUCUGAAAAGGUUGUUCUUACAGGGUUCUUCUGAAUACAUGUUUGGAGGGGAUUUGGAAGGCCCACCACAGCUUCAGGAUCCCUCUUUCCUCUCCUUUUCCAUCUCCAACCAACAGAAAGAUGAGGAUGAUGAUCUG